AAUCAAUCUCGCACAAAGUAGCCAUGGCAACUAGGCGUCUGACAGAUGCUUUCUUAUUAAUGCGGAACAAUGCAAUCCAAAACCGGCAGAUUUUGGCUGAGCAAGUGAGUACCCACGACCCCCGUCGUACUCUGAGUACACGUAACGUUAGCAAUGCUGCGGAGCUGGACGAGCAGGCAGAUGACCGCAUGGCGCUGGUGUCGGGCAUCAGUUUGGAUCCGGAGGCUGCCAUCGGCGUCACCAAGAGACUGCCCCCCACAUGGACUGAAGGGGUGGACGAGAUUCAGUAUGAGCUGACUCGUAUCCGUCAGAAGAUGAAGGAGUUGGCCAGUCUGCAUGACAAGCACAUGAACCGGCCCACGCUGGACGACAGCAGCGAGGAGGAGCACGCCAUCGAGAUCACCACACAGGAAAUCACACAGAUGUUCCACCGAUGCCAGCGGGCGGUGCGAGGGCUGCAGUCGCGCUGUGGUCACUGCACCCAGCAGGAGGAGCGCGUGCUCAGGAACGUGGUGUCUUCCCUCGCCCAGAGCCUGCAGGACCUGUCCACUCACUUCAGACACACACAGUCCAGCUACCUCAAACGUAUGAAGAACCGGGAGGAACGAUCAAAGCACUUCUUUGACUCUGGUCCGUUGAUGGAGGAAGAUGAAGAUCUGGCGCUUUAUGACCGAGGCUUCACAGAUGACCAGUUGAUGCUGGUGGAGCAGAACACUGUGUUGGUGGAGGAGCGGGAGAGGGAGAUCCGCCAGAUCGUCCAGUCCAUCUCCGACCUCAACGAGAUCUUCAGAGACCUGGGCAGCAUGGUGGUGGAACAGGGGACAGUACUGGACCGGAUUGAUUUUAACGUGGAGCAGGCCUGCUUUAAGACUGAGGACGGCCUGAAGCAGCUGCAGAAGGCUGAACAGUACCAGAAGAAGAACCGCAAGAUGCUGGUCAUCCUCAUCCUCUUCGUCAUAGUCGUCGUCCUCAUUUUCAUCUUGUUUCUCACUAAGUUUUAGCUCACAUUCCGAAGUGUGUGUGUGUGUGUGUGUGUGGGCGGGCCUAAUCUUUGCUCCAAUCAGGAUUGCUUGUCUGUACAACACUCCCGCGAGAAUAGUGCUAAAGUGUGUAUGUGCAACGCCAUCAGAAGACCAUCUCCAAGGUUCCCAUGGUGACGGAGCAAGUCAAAACACCCCCACGCCCAGUGCAAUGGAACCCCACCCCCCCAUACACACACUCUUUCUCUCCUUCUCUCUCUCCUUCCCUCUCUCUCUCUCUCUCUCUCUCUCUCUCUCUCUCCUUCCCUCUCUCUCUCUCUCUCUGAUGGGUCCGUUAAGCUGCACAGAUUCCCAUUCCCAACAGACUAUUGCUGUUUUUGCCUUGGAAAGUCAAGCACAUCGUUGAUUUGUGUAUCACUAAGCUUUAUCUGUCGUGUGUGCGUGCGUGCGUGCGUGCGUGAGAGGGGGGGCACCCUCGUUGGCUCCGGGCCGAUGCAGGCCUCUCCUGCAGCUGAGUGACGGCUGUGGCACUUUAUCUUCACGUCUUUUCUCCUAUCUUCAAUCUCCUCCGCUGCUCCGGCUUCAGCUGCGUCCACCUGCUCUCCCCAGACUGGCCACCUGAGGGGGCACUCCCCAGACUGGCCACCUGAGGGGGCACUCCCCAGACUGGCCACCAGAGGGGGCUCCAGACUGGCCUCUGCCAGGCUGCUCUCUGUGCUUCAUGUGGUUUUGACAAGCACCUUCCGGCUGAUCUCUGAUUGGAUGUCAGCUCCCACGUGCGGUCUGCUCCUGGCGUGGAUACUACUGUUUCCUGUCAAAUAUGAAAUAUGAAGUCAUUAUUUAUUUUAAAGUGUACAAAUUGUGCAGAUUGUAUCUGAAUGGAGUGUGUGUGUGUGUGUGUGUGUGUGUGUGGGGGGGGGGGGGGGGGGGGGGGGGGUACUCAUCCACAAUCAAGUCCACCAACUUUCUGUCUUAAAUUCUAUUCUGUAUAUCUGUCUGUUUGUUUAUUUUUCUGUCUGCUGUUUGAAAACUGUAUCCUACACCAGGAAUGUCCUAUUCGGUUUGAUCAAGUGGCUUUCCUCGGGAAUGAGAGGCUGCAUCAUGAUGUAAGAGGCUGCAUCAUGGUGCAUCAUGGUGUAAGAGGCUGCAUCAUGGUGCAUCAUGGUGCAUCAUGGUGUAAGAUGCUUCCAUAUCCAGACUGGGCCCACAUCAGCAGCAUCACUUGCGUCGCCGUGUGGCAUUAGCGACAUCACUGGUGUCUGUGCAGAUGGUAUUUGUGGGAUGAAGAAGCAGCGGUCGCCCUGAGUGAUUCUGUAUGAACUCUACAGCAUUGGCAAGGGUUAUGACAUGUAUGGAGGAAGAUUUGUAAGAAUAAACAUGAAAUGGUUGAUUGGCCGUGUACACUUUAA